GUGGGGCGAGGGAGCUGGGCGGCCGCGCGGGUCGCUGGGGCUGCGGCAGCACCACUACCCGGGGUUUCUGUCCUUCUGUCUGCCCGCCCGCCCGCCUAGCCAUGGCUGCUCCGGUCCCAGUGCCACGGAUCCUGUUGCUGCUGCUGCUGCUGCUACCGCCGCCUCCAGGUGCCCACAGUGAAGUGUGUGUGGCUUCCCGUGGGCUCAGUCUGUUUCCCGAGUCCUGUCCAGAUUUCUGCUGUGGCACCUGUUAUAAACAAUACUGUUGCUCUGAUGUGCUGAAGAAAUUUGUGUGGAAUGAGGAAAAGUGUGCUGUGCCUGAAACCAGUGUGCCCACCAGCAUGGAGCAACUGGAGCAGCUGGGUUCAGCACUGAGGUUUCGCUCUAGCUUGGACAGCGACCCCAUGUCAGGGUUUGGAGCUACUGUAGCCAUUGGCCUGACCAUCUUUGUGCUCUCUGUUGUCACCAUCAUCAUCUGCUUCACCUGCUCCUGUUGCUGUUUAUACAAGAUGUGUCGCCGGCCACGUCCGGUUGUGACCACUACCACGGCCACCACGGUGGUACAUGCCCCUUACCCUCAGCCUCCAAGUGUGCCACCCAGCUACCCUGGACCAACGUAUCAGGGCUACCACCCCAUGCCCCCCCAGCCAGGGAUGCCAGCUGCACCUUACCCGACGCAGUACCCACCACCCUACCCGGCCCAGCCCAUGGGCCCACCGGCUUACCAUGAGACCUUGGCUGGAGGUGCAGCCGUGCCCUACCCUGCCAGCCAGCCUCCGUACAACCCAGCCUACAUGGAGCCCCCGAAGGCAGCCCCCUGAGUGUGCCCCUACCUCUCUGGCUGCCACUUGAUUAUGCUGUUUGUGUGGGUGGUAUGCAGGCAUGGUUCCUUACUACCUUGCGUGUGGUGUGUGUGUUCUGUCUGUACAUGUGGCUUCUUCUGAUGCUGAUGAGGUGGGGAAUAAUUCUUGCCAGAGUGGGCUGGGGGCAAACUUUGUUCUCUUCCUCCUGUGAAAUUAUGCUUUCUGAAAUCUGAGCAAAAUUCAAAGGAUGGGGUGGGAGUUCUUUUCCAGCUCACCCUAGGGUGACUGGUGUGGCCUGUCGUACUAGGAGAGAGUAGCAUUAUGUGGGUAUGGUGUAGAUGUGUUUCAGCAAGAUGGGCAGCCACUGAUUGAGGCUGUGGCUUGUCCCCAGGGUUUGGGGGGCCCUUUGCAGAGCCAGGGCCACAAUGUAGGGAAAUAGGUAAGCUUGAGAUCUGGCCAAGCUGGGUUUUAGGCCGUUGGAUAGAUGUUUCACUGCUCCUUGGAGCUGAUGCCAUGCAGUGGGAGUUGGGUGGCCUCCUGAUGCCAAAACACCUCAGGCAGAGGACCCCCUGCCCCCGACAGGUGCCUGCCUGGAUUGCCCCUGCUUCUUCCCUGGGACCACUUGGAGGGCCACAUCCACUCAUGGCCUGGCUGCCACAGGGAGUUUUUUGCCCUUGCUGGUGCCAGCCCCUGACACAGGUGGGCAGGGUGGCCUCGGUCCACUGACACACUCAGGUCUCUUUCCUGGAGUGUUUGUUUUUACUUUUAGCCAAACAUUUUGUGUGGUUUUCUGUUUUCAGAUGUGUGUGAGAGUUGAUGUGAAACUGAAACCCCCAGGUCCUGGAGGGAAAUUGACAGAGGGCCAACUUGACAGCUCUGAUAGUCCCUGGUAUCUCAAUACCAGUGUACAGAAUAUCCAGUUCCUCUACUCCACCCCACAGUUUGUCCUGGCAGCAGGAACACCUGGGCCAAGGGGCCAUCUGGAUCAAGGAGGGGGUGUUUGGUGGCAGCUCUGGCCCAGACAUGAAUACCUCCGUGUUCCUUGUCCCUCUGUUGAUGUCUGACCAGAUCUAUCUUAGCUUUGUAUUUGUCACUGUUUCUGAGUUUAGUGUCUGCAACUUUGUUUAUAAUAAAUGCAGAUAUUUAGA